AUGUACUGGCCUAAUGGAGUGCCCCGGGUCUAUGCGGUCAACGGGCCCAACAUUGCCCAUGUCUCGGACGACGUGAAUCGCGAGGGCACCGGCAGUUCCUUGGCGGAGCAGCGAAUUUCUAUAGAUUCCAAGGAAUUGAAAGAUGGCGUUCGCGACUCGGAGAAUCCAGAAGACCAGCGUGAUGGUCUCAACCCCGAAGAACCCCCUCCGGAGCGGAUGCUUCCCAAUGGGAGCAAGAGGCUAUCAACCAGGCCCACGGCAGUUGUCGCCGCGAUAGCUCGGUCCGCAUACUCGAUGACGACCUACGGACCAAAUGCGGCAAUUCUUAUGCAUCCCGACUCGACAAUCCUCGUCGUGCAGACACUCAAUGGAUAUCUCCUCACAUAUUCGGUAGCUUCGGACCCUGCGACGCGAGUCUACCAGCAGAUGUUCGAUCACUCCACACAUCCUCGUCGGCAGCAACUAGCACAUUUCUCGGCCGUCGAAGAGGCAAAUGUUGUUGGAGAUAUAAGCAUCAGGUUUCGGAUGGCCAUCAAGAUCGAGUCGGGGAUCGUCAAAGCGUUGGCACUCGACCAGGAGCUCGUCGUUGCUACGGUGAAACCUCCCGCUAUUCAGUGCAUCCGAUGGGCCCCGGAAGCUAGUGGGACACAGACCAAAUCCGAAAUGCUCACCCGGAUAUUGAAUGUACCGAAAAGGGUCUCGAUCGUUGAUAUGGUUUAUGACCGCGCAAUGAACCUUCUGAUUUGGCUCACCAGCAAUGGUCAGGCUUACGCAGUUCAACGGGUACCUGGAUCGCAAGAGGAUUCCGAUGUGCCUAAGAAGCUGUUCCACGGCCACUGCUUCCAUGACCCCAAAGCUGAUGGAGAAGAGGCUGUCAAAGUAGCAGUCAAUGCCCGGUUUUCCUUGCUUACGGUCAGUUGCGCAAAUGGCGAGGUCCUUGUUUACACUGCCAAAGACUAUACGGGGAAUGUGCCUCUUUCCCAGAAGCUGGGUCUUCCCGCGUCUCCUUCGUCAACUGGGGCAUUGGCAUUCAUGAAUUAUUCUCCAGAUGGGUAUUGCCUGUUCGCUGGCUAUGAAAAUGGCUGGACAACAUGGAGUGUCUUCGGAAAGCCUGGCGGUAACAGCUUCUCCGUCGACCCUGCUUUGGCAACUUCCAAUGGAGAGGAUUGGCUCACGGGCGUCUCGAAUGGUUGCUGGAUAGGUGGCGGGUCCGACAUUAUCUUGUCAGCACGGAACGAUCGACGUCUUUGGAUACUAGAGACAGCGCGCAGUGCCUUGACAGGAUGCUUUUCCGCCGCAAAUCUGGCUCGAGGGUUGCUGCAGACAGGGACAGAGUUCAUUCUAUACCGUGGACAUGACCUGCCCGAUCUGAUGACCAUCUCCGGCAAGGACUCACUCUGGCAUCAUGCCCAAUAUCCUCCUGCAUACCUUCACUCACAAUGGCCUAUUCGAUCUUGCGUGGUUUCUCAGGAUGGGCGGUAUGUUGCAAUCGCAGGCCGACGUGGACUAGCGCAUUACAGUGUCAACAGUGGCCGGUGGAAGGUCUUUGAGGACUCCAAAGUGGAGAAUUCAUUUGCUGUACGAGGAGGCAUGUGUUGGUACGGGCAUAUCUUGAUUGCAGCUGUUGAGAGUGAUGGCUCAUACGAGCUCCGUCUUUACUCUCGCGAGGAUGCCCUAACCAACAACUCUAUUAUGCACAUCGAAUACCUCCCAUCACCUGUGGUGUUCAUUGGUCCCUCCGGAGAGGAUUCCCUCUUGGUCUACACAUAUGACAACAUCCUCUACCACUAUAUCAUCAACUCUAUGCAGACACAGAUCACUCUUGUUCCUGUCGGACAAAUUGCCUUCAACGGAAUUGUCAGGGCACCAACUCGAGUUCGAGCAAUCAGCUGGGUCUUGCCUGAGGAUCAAAUGCGGAAUGGCGAUCCCUCGCAGGACGUCAAGGUAGCAUCAGUCCUGCUAUUGGUUGACGGUAACCUUGUUCUCCUACAGCCCACAGUGACGGACAGUGGUGAUCUCAAAUACGACAUGCGGGUCAUCUCCCAUGAUGUGGAGUACUACAUCUUGAUGCGUGACCAGCUUUCCUUCAAUUUCUCGUCUCAGGUGGACGAGUCUCUGCCGUCCAGCCCAUCCGCCGAGAUGGCCCUUGAGCCAUCUUACAGCAGCCUAUCACUCCGAGACUCAUUAUGGAUGUUCCGGGGUAAAGAUCUUCUAGCUUGGAAUGACGUUCAGGACAUUCUACAGCAAGAAGCAGUGCCCACACCGCUCAAUAUCCCAUUGGACUUUUAUCCAUUGUCGGUGAUCCUGAAUAAGGGGGUCGUGCUCGGGGUGGAAUCCGAAAUGACACAACGGCGAGACGUCACCUUCACCAGCCUAAAAUUCGCCAUUCGAACACACCUUUUCCUCCCAUACUUCCUGCAGUACUGUCUCGUCCAUCUUGGAACCCCAGCUGCGCUCUCCCUGUGCCGACACUUUUCCCACCUCUCAUACUUCGCCCACGGUCUCGAAAUUUUACUCCAUCACGUCCUAGACGACGAAGUAGACAACGAAAGCCGUGCCAGCAAGGCCGACGGCCCGAUAAUCCGCGACGAACCCCUCCUUCCUACCGUGAUUGCCUUCCUACAAGCAUCCCUGCCCACACAUGAAUAUCUCGACAUCGUCGUACAAUGCACACGCAAGACAGAACUUCGAUUCUGGCGCACCCUCUUCACAUACCUCCCCCCACCAAAGGAUCUUUUCGAGCAAGCCCUCCGACUCGACGCACUCAAAACAGCCGUCGGUUAUCUACUCGUUCUUCAAGCAUUCGAAGACGAAGACGACCAUCACGACGGGCAUAUCGAAGAAUAUGUCGUCCGCCUAAUUGGCCUGGCAUCUCAAAAGGGAGACUGGGAGCUCUGCGGCGAGCUCGCCCGAUUCUUAAUUGCACUUGAUUCUUCCGGUGAAAUGCUGCGGCGUGCUAUUGGUCGCGUCGGCUUGGGUUCGAGCCCGAGGCCAUCGCCGAAUGGUGGCCAGUCGGGCUUAGGAUCAAGAGCUGCGUCAGCGGCCAGUGUGAGAGGGCUGGGGCUAAGUCUACCGGUCCGCACGCCGUCUUGGUCAUCUCUUUCUCCCACUUCGUCGCUAUCCCCACGCCUUAACGGGCGUGAUGGAGAGGUGUCUGAUGAAUACCCCCAUUCCGUGGAUAGUCGUGACGGCUCAUGA